CAUGGAUGAUAUUUUAUUCUCAUAUAGUGAUAGAAAUGUUUUAGAAGAUAUUUUAAAAACUUUACCUCAAUAUUUUUCUCCGUUUGGACUUGUAAUAGCACAGGAUAAAAUUCAAAAGGAAGAAGUUAGUCAUUAUUUGGGAUAUAUUCUUACUAGACAAAAGGUGAUUCCACAAAAAAUGUCUAUUAGGAGAGAUAAGUUAUCCACUUUAAAUGAUUUUCAAAAAUUAUUAGGGGAUAUUAAUUGGCUUCGUCCCACACUAGGUAUUCCUACCCAUGCAUUACAGCAUUUGUUUGCUACUCUACAGGGCUCUUCAGAUCCAUCCAGCCCUCGUUCUUUAACAACAAAAGCCGAGCAAGAAUUACAGUUUGUAGAACAACGAAUUAAGGAUGCAUUUUUAAUUAGGAUUGAUCCUAAAUUGCCUCUAACUUUAUAUAUUAUUAAUACUUUUCAAUAUCCCUCUGCAGUUUUAGGUCAAAAUGCUAUGCCAGUAGAAUGGGUAUUCACUAAAACUAAGCAAUCUAAAAAUGUUAUGCCUUAUAUUGACAUGGUUGCAGCUUUAAUUAUGAAUGGUAGAGCUCGUUCUAUAACUUUAAUAGGAGAAGAUAUAAACAAUAUAGUUAUCCCUUUAACUAAGGAACAAUGGGAAUAUUUGUUGUCAAUUACUGAAACCUUACAAAUUGCUUUAACAGAUUUCAUGGGAACUUUUUCAUAUCAUUUUCCUAAAAGUAAAUUAUGGGAUUUUUUUAGACGUCAACAAUUUGUGGUUAAUACCUUAUUAGCUGUACAGCCAAUUCCACAAGCUUUGACUAUAUUUACAGAUGGAUCUAAAAAUAAAGCUGCAUAUUGGACUCAAAAAUCUUACUGGGUACGUCAGACAAAUUUUAACUCUGUACAACAAAAUGAACUUUUUGCUAUAUUACAAGUGUUUUUAGAUUUUCAUAACCAACCUAUUAAUAUUAUAGCCGAUUCGGCCUAUUCUGUUGGAGUAGUGACAAAUAUCUAUUCAGCUGUGUUAUAUUCUAAUAAGCCUGCUUUAUUGUCUUUAUUUCAAAAUUUACAAAUACAUGUUCAAAAAAGAAAUCAUUCUUAUUUUAUUACUCAUUUACGUUCUCAUUCUCAGUUACCCGGACCAUUAGUAUCAGGUAACAAUGCAGUGGAUUCCUUAGUUAUGUUCACCACACCCGUUGAAAAACAUCAAUUUAAUCAUGCAAAUGCAGGACAUUUGCAUCUUAAAUAUAAGAUACCUUUUACAAAAGCUAAACAGAUUGUAAAAGCCUGCCCUAUUUGUAGACCAUUACAUUUAAAAAUUAUUCCCGCAGGUGUCAACCCUCGAGGAACUCAACCUAAUGAAUUAUGGCAAAUGGAUAUUACACAUGUACCUUCUUUUGGUCGGCUUUCUUAUGUACAUGUAGUUAUUGAUACCUAUUCUUCAUUUCUAUGGGCUACUGCUCAACAGGGAGAAUCCACUAAAAAUGUUAUUGUACAUUUAUUGGAGACUUUUACAGUUAUGGAAAUUCCUUCUAAAAUCAAAACAGAUAAUGGACCUGCUUAUACUAGCAGAACAUUUAAACAAUUUUGUGAUCUCCAUAAUAUUAUUCAUAUUACAGGGAUUGAAUAUAACCCCCAGGGUCAAGCUAUUGUUGAAAGAGCACAUGGCACUCUUAAGUUGCAAAUUAAAAAAUUAAAAAGGAGGAGUCAGGAGGAUAUUCAGAUACCAAUACUGUUUAAAUUGCAAAACAGUCCAAAAACAUUACUGCAUCAAGCAUUGUUUAUUUUAAAUUUUCUCAAUUUACCACAAGGUGAAAUAUUAACAAGAGCUGAAAAACAUUUUGAACAGCAACAACAGCCUUUUGUGAUUAAUGAACCUAUUUGGACUAAAACAGCUCCAGAGGCUGAAUGGGAGAGGGGCACAUUGCUCUAUAGGGGGAAAGGUUUUGGUUAUAUCUCCACAGAAAAUGGAAUUCAGCAGUGGGUCCCUGGACGAUGGAUCAGGACCCGCGUCUCCAGAUCCUGUUCACCAGCCCCGGAGACAACUCCCCAAGGAACCGGAACCGUGCCUUCAGAAGCGAGCGCGAAACCAGCUAGAAGCUGAGGAUGCUGAGUUUGUUCCUAUCACAGCCAUGGCCAGAUUACAGCUAAGAAAAUCCCGCCGCUCACAGCGACCAAAUUUAAAUCCCCUCCCUACAUGGGGACAAUUAAAGAAAUUGACCAUAGAAGGGCAACGGCUUGUCCUUCAAGCAGGAAAGCCUUUAAACCCCGAAAACUUGUUUUUAGCUUUAUGUGCCUUGCUCACCGUUGCAUCGGGGACUGAGUCUUCCAGAUCCAAAGAAAAUAACUGACGGAGCUCCUAUAUUUCAACAAAAGACGGCUCUCUUGUGGUGGGGAGAUGGUGGAAUCGCUAACCCUGCUGUUGCAGCCGAAGAAUACCCUCAUCACCUUCAAAAUCAUAUUUGGAAGAUCCCAGCCGCUAUGCAACCUGUAACCUUGUACAAUGUUUCAUAUUCAGGGACUAGUCGAUCUGUAUCUACUACUUAUAAUUUUACUAGGUUUAAAAUGUAUAAUAUUACUGUUUGUGCACCUCUGCCUUAUGUCUUUUUAGUGGGAACUUUUAAUUUUACACAUUUUUCUUGUACUUGUUUAAAUUGUCAAUUGUUUACAUGCUUAAAUAGCACACUAAAUUUCACUAAGCCUUAUACAGUUAUGCUGUUACAACAAAAAACUCAUAUUUGGUUGCCUGUAAAUUUAACUCGACCAUGGUCUCAAGACCCGGUAAUUUCUGUUACUACUGAAUUUUUUAAACAUCUGUUAAAACGUACAAAAAGAUUUAUUGGAAUAGUGGUUGCUGUACUGUUAAGUCUGAUAACUGUAGCCUCUCUAGCAGCAGUCUCAGGAGUAGCUUUACAUACCUCUUUGCAAGAAAAACAUGUUGUCGAAUUAUGGCAUGAGAAUUCUCAUGAACUUUGGUUAACUCAGUGGCAAAUAAACGCCAAACUACAACAACAAAUAGACCUCCUUAAACAAACAGUUGAAUGGAUGGGUAGAAAAAUAUUGGCUCUUCAGCAUCAAGUGUUUUUAAAAUGUGAUUGGAAUUCAACUACUUUCUGUAUAACCCAACGACCUUAUAAUCAGACAGAACAUGAAUGGGAAAUGAUUAGAAUGUAUUUAAAUGGAAACACCUCUGCCCAGGAGGAAAUAAAAUCUUUGCAUAAUCAAAUUGACAAGGAUUUUGCAAAGCAAAAUGAUGAUAAAUCUCUAGCACAAUUCGCGCAAUUGCUUGCUCAAUCUUUAAAAGGAUUAGAUUCCAAAGGAAUCUGGCAGAACAUUACCCACACUUUUAGUGGCAUGGGACUUAGUUUAAUUAUAGUUCUCAUUGCCAUAGUUCUUGUGUAUUUUUACUGCAUAAGACGAAAUGCUAUUAAUAACCUGAUCUUAUGGAAAUUGUUGUUAAAAAAUAAAAAGGAAGGAAGUGUGGGGGAUGAGGUGUCACUUUGUAGGCCCAACCCCCUCUAACCUGCAAUUUACAAUAGCCGCCCUGGUAUGCGAGAAGGAGGUAGAACGGGAAUGCCUGUUCUCAGUGAGCCCUCACCCUCUGGAAUCCAUACUGUGAGCUGGCUUUGUUUUGCAGAAGUCUUGAGGAAGUGGCUGGCCACCCUUUGUGACACUAACAGCAGACAAAUUAACAACAUUCUUGAGCUAAUGAAUUUCUUCCUGGGCUAGAGAAGUUGUGAGAACUGGUUGUGAUUAUUUACUUCACUUAGAUAGUUUUAGAAUAAACAUUGUAGUCUGUCACGUUGUAGCUUGCCACAAAGAAUGCCUUUUCACUACUUAAUUAUCUGGGCUCUGUGAAUUGAUCGGGUUUACUAUAUAUGAAUCCUAAAAUAAAGAUUGUGCGUACAGUGCAGUGCAGUGCAGUGUAACGCGGUGCAGACAGCAAA